AUGGGUCGGAUGAGAUCUUCAAGAAUGAUGGGGUUAGGGCAUUGCAUGGUUUAUGUUGUCGUCCUUAGUGCCAUCGCAGCUGCAGCCUACCCAUACUCAUCCCCUCCAACACCACAAUACCAUUCGCCAAUCCAUAAACACAAAUCACCAUAUAAACCCAAAAAGUAUUCCCCAUACAACUCACCACCAUCUCCACCGUACUAUUCUCCUUCUCCAAAUGUGGACUACAAGUCUCCACCACCACCAUACGUUUACAGUUCCCCACCUCCACCAUACUAUUCUCCUUUUCCAAAAGUAGAUUACAAGUCACCACCACCACCAUAUAUCUACAACUCCCCACCUCCACCAUAUUAUUCUCCUUCUCCUAAGGUAGACUACAAGUCUCCACCACCACCAUAUGUCUACAGUUCCCCACCUCCACCAUAUUACUCGCCUUCUCCAAAAAUAGAUUACAAAUCUCCACCACCUCCAUACGUCUACAGUUCCCCACCUUUACCAUACUACUUGCCAUCUCCUAAGGUAGACUACAAAUCUCCACCACCACCAUAUGUCUACAGCUCCCAACCUCCACCAUACUACUCGCCAUCUCCUAAGGUAGACUACAAGUCUCCAUCACCACCAUACGUCUACAACUCCCCACCUCCACCAUACUACUCGCCUUCUCCUAAGGUAGAUUACAAGUCUCCACCACCACCAUACGUCUACAACUCUCCUCCUCCACCAUACUAUUCACCUUCUCCAAAAGUAGACUACAAGUCUCCACCACCACCGUACAUCUACAACUCCCCACCUCCACCAUACUACUCUCCCUCUCCUAAGGUUUACUACAAGUCUCCCCCACCACCAUACGUCUACAGCUCUCCACCUCCACCAUACUACUCGCCUUUUCCUAAAGUAAACUAUAAGUCUCCACCACCACCAUACGUCUACAGCUCUCCACCUGCACCAUACUACUCACCUUCUCCUAAGGUAGACUACAAGUCUCCACCACUUCCAUACGUCUACAGCUUCCCACCUCCACCAUACUACUCUCCUUCUCCCAAGGUUGACUACAAGUCUCCACCACCACCAUACGUCUACAGCUCUCCACCUCCAUCAUACUACUCGCCUUCUCCAAAAGUAGACUACAAAUCUCCACCACCACCAUACAUAUACAAUUCACCACCUCUACCAUACUAUUCCCCUUCUCCAAAAGUAUACUACAAGUCUCCACCACCACCAUAUGCCUACAAGACUCCCACUUAUUGA